UUUAAAUUAAGUUCCUCAGAGCUCCCAGUUUCCCUCUAGCUCCUGCAUAAUUUUAUCCUGUAAUUUGAUAUAUACUUUGAUUUCUUCCUUUUUUUUCUUCUGGAUUUUCAGUCGUUCAAGAUGAAUUAUUGAGCUAUCUAUUCUUUUUAGAGAUACCCUUUCUUCAAAAUCUAGUCUUGAAAUUGUUUUUGUUCUAAACCGUGUCGAACAGAGGAAUUUUUAUUAUUUAUUUUUGAAAAAAAAAAUCAGACUACUUGUUGUUUUUUUCCCCUGCUUUUCAAGAUAAUUGCUCGGACUUUCUUCUUUGUGGGCCAAGUAAUUACUUUUUUUUUCCUCCCCUUUUAGAACCUUUUUUUCUACUUUUUAAUUUCUUGCCCUCCAAGUUUGUAACUUGUCCUCUCCGCCAUGGUCCCAUUUGGUAACCAUCAAGAAAAUUCAAAACUUUCUGCUCAAAAGCUUUCACCUUUACAUACUAAUAACCCUCACGACUCAAACUCCGAUAUCGAUCAAGAUUCUUGCCCGUCCGAUUGCGAAAGCUCGAUUUCUGGGCCCGAAAACGAGCAACCACAGCUUCACGGCCCGCAGAACGAUUUUGUUACAAUUCAUAAAGGGGAGAUGAUUUACGAGACAAUCGCGAAAAAGCUUGUGACGAGCUUGAGCUCUCGUGGGCUCGACCCGCGGGUCGAGUCCAUUUAUAGGAACCGAUUUUCGAGCAUUAAUGGCCGAGCCAGAGUCGAGUCUUUUGGCGUGUACUCGAGGGCCGUGCAAACGAAGUGUGGAGGCAAUGCGAAUUUGACGUAUGCUUGGUUUGGUGCUUCGAAGAAUGAGAUUGAUAUGAUUAUUGAUUAUGGUUUUGGGCUUCCCAGAAGUGGGCUAACACAUGGGCGUGGAGUUUAUCUCUAUUCGAUCAAUCAUCCUAUUGAAAGCGUUCAAUCCGCUUUGCCUGACGAAAAUGGACUAAGGCAUAUUCUUCUUUGCCGUGUAAUAUUGGGAAAAACCGAGCUCAUAUCUCCCGGCUCGCAACAAAAUAAUCCGAGUUCCGAAGAGUUUGAUUCUGGGGUCGAUAAUAUCGAAACCCCACAGAAGUAUAUCGUGUGGACUUCGCGUAUGAACACUCAUAUCUUGCCUGAAUUCUUAGUGAGUUUCAGAGCAUUACCCUCUAACUCCAGAGGAUCUCGACCAAAUUCGAACCGGAUGCCUUUUCCAACUUUGAUUAAUGUUCUUACAAAGUACUUACCUUGUGAUGCAGUUGAGUUGAUCAGAAUUCAUCACAGUGAUUUCAGGAAGCAGAAAAUAACAAGAUCCGAAUUGGUUAGACGCGUGAGACAUAUUGCUGGAGACAAGUUGUUGAUAAAGAUCAUGAAAUCUUGCAAACGAAAGAAAUCGAAAGUGUGUUUGAACUCUGAUAUGAAGCUAAUUUAG